AUGGCAGUUCCCAAAUGCUACCGUUGUCGCGUCCGAUCAAUUGAAUGCCUUUAUCCUCAUCCCUCGACGCGACGAACCCUAGCGCGAAGUUCAAAAGCUCUUUCUCAAGAAACCGCAGGAAUCACAGUGGACGAAUCUCAAACAGACUCACAAAAUACGAGUAUCACAUCUGACAUAACCUUCGAUGCUGAUGACCUCGCCUUGCCGCCUUUCCCAGACUACGACUUGGAUUGGCAGGAAGCUAUGACAAAUCUCAAUGACUUCUUGGUACCUGACUUAUUGAAUCCGCAUGAUACCGCUGAGAAGAGUGUUUUGGCAGGAGAAAAAUACCAACGUCGAAUUGUAUACACCAUUGAGCGGUUCAAGUCAUACCCCAAGCAGUUGGUCCUCCACGGUCAAAUUCCUUUCAUCCAUAGAAGAAUAGUGGAAAAGUAUCUUCCCCCGCCACUUACUAGAACAUUGGCCAUCUGUGCUCUCUAUGAGAUAAAGUGCGAGACGAACCAACAACUGGUUUACAGUACAAUUCAGCAACAUGCUGAUGAGUUGAUUGAUCUCAUACAACUGGCCGACUCUGAUGUCGAUCUAUUGUCUUCGGUUCAGGCAUUCAUUCUACUACAGAUAAUUCGCCUACUAGAUGGAGACAUUCGGCAAAGAGCAAAUGCUGAAAAUGUGGAGACUUUCUUUGUCAACAGUAUUCGGCGCUUACAACAGCGCAUGAUUAGUGUUGAAGAGUCGACACAAAUCCUGAGCAGUCAAUUGAGGACACCAGGAUCUGAUGCGUGGGAAAUUUGGUGUCUUACUGAGAGCUUGAGACGCACGGUUAUUAUAGGAUAUAGCCUGCAUGGGCUGUACUCAUUCCUGAGGAAUGGCUGGGACGAUGCUCACCAUGAGUUCCCGGCGUUAUCGUUUUUUGGUCAAAGGGCUCUUUGGUCCUCCACAUCGAGAUUUGAGUGGGAGUCAGCUGUUGCUAAGUGUCAUACAUUGCCUAUACGCUUUGCUCACUGGGAGUCGGAUAUGGCCACGGCGAAACCGGAAGAUAUUGACGAACUUGGAAUUAUUAUGAUGGCACUUACGACGGGUAUAGAUGACUGCUGUCGCUGGGUCGGGAAUGACCUCCUUGAGAACUUUGGUCUCAAGCCAUGA